AUGGCCACCUCCGACACAUUUGCUGAAUGCGCCAUCGCGUUCGUCGCCAGCAAUUUACUGACUCCCAAAUUGAUCGGAGAGCUAUCAACCAUUUUAGAAGAAAAUGGUGCACAAAUAUGUGAACCUCGACGCGACGGCUCAUUACCCAUCGAGAAAGUCACCCACAUUAUCUCCAACACGAUCGAUUUCCCUCAGUACAUUGAGGCACAGGCUCAUAUGAUCCCUGUAGUGACGACUCAAUGGAUCACCUUCUCAAUAGCUCGCAGGAAACAGGCUCAAAUUAGGCCUUUUUCGCCUGAUCCGAGAAUGAUCUUUUCUGAGGUGGUGGUGACUUGUGCGGAUCUGCCAGAGACCGACAAGGAGAGUAUUGCUGGUGCUACAGUGGCUUUGGGUGGACAAGAAACAAAAGAUGCAUCCAAGUUAACCACACAUAUUUGCGCCCUAUCGAUGGAUCAUCCUAAGGUCCAGGUUGCCCUACAAAAGGGAUGGAAAGGCAAAGUUGUGUUGCCACACUGGUUCGAUGAUUGUUUCAAACUUGGGAAACGUAUCGAUGAAGGUCCCUAUCUACUGCCCGAUCCCGAAAUUCUUAAGAAGACUUCCUCGGACGAGCUCAAAAUACCCUCCAACGAAAACCUCGCGGGUGCGACAUCGCCGACGCCGAAUUACCUCCCUCUACCCUUGCCUUCUGAUGGCGAGGUUGUUCGCCCACCGGUCACUAUCUUCCAGGACCGUAAUGUAUUGCUGUCCGGGGAUCUGACUAUAACCGAACGACUGUCAAAGGUGGUCAGGGAAAUUAUCAUCAGAGGGGGCGGAAAGCUCGUGGAUAAGGUCGAGAAUUGCGACAUGCUCAUCUGCCAAUACCGCGACGGUCCUGAAUAUGUUCAAGCGUCGCAAGCGUACAAAGAAGUCGGAAAUCUGGCCUGGCUUUACUGGCUUAUCGUCCACAACGAGUGGACAUCGCCGCUCCGCCGACUACUACACUAUCCGAUCCCCAAGGAUGGUAUAGAAGGAUUCAAGGGUCUACGUAUCACAGUAUCAAAUUACGGUGGUGAAGCACGAAUUUACCUGGAGAACCUGAUCAAAGCUUCUGGAGCCGAGUUCACCAGAACGAUGAGAGCCGAGAAUACGCAUUUGAUCACUGCUAGAGACUCUAGCGAGAAAUGCAAGGCUGCUCCUGAAUGGGGGAUUGCCGUGGUUAACCAUCUCUGGAUCGAGGAGAGCUAUGCCAAGUGCGAAAUUACGCCCAUCAACAUCAAGAAGUAUAAUCAUUUCCCUCCGCGCACCAACCUGGGCGAGAUAAUCGGGCAAACGUUCUUUGAUGAGCCAAAGUUGCGCGAAAAGUACUACCCCGGGGGGCCAGCCAAGCUCUCACCACGAGCCAAGAGGAAGCGAGCAAUCCUGGAAGCUGCAGAGGAGAACGCAUAUGCACGAGGGCCAGCAGAGGGUGUUGUUAUUGGCCAGGCUGGUAACGAGGACGUCGAGAUGGAAGACUCUAACGGAGGAACAAGCGAAAAGUCCGGAAAGAAGACCAGAAUUAUCGGAGAUGCAACUCCAAUACGUCCACGCCGUACUGGGAAGGAGAACGAGACGCCGUCGGUGGCUUCCACAGGAAGUCGUAGCGCCAAAGCGAAAGCCCAGGAACGUCUGCAUGGCUUGAGCGAUGAUAUCGCGCUUUACGAAAAGGAGAAGAAGAGACAUGCCAAGGGCGGUAAUACAAUCUGGGGUGGAAAGCGAGCUGCCGACCAGGCCGAGAAGACCAACAACCCCAAAACCAAACAAGAGGAGAAGCCCGAAGAUGAAGAUGCCGAUGCGUUAGCGAAACGGCCAACCAAAAAGACCAAGCCGUCACUUCCAGACGUUAAGAUGCGUGUUGUCUUGACUGGAUUCAAUCGCUGGGUAGGAGAUAAGAGUAAGGAAGAUCAGGAUCGAAGAAAACUCCGGGACAUGGGCAUACAGAUUGUGCAAGAGGGUCAGCCGUGCGACUAUUUGGCAGCCCCAAGUGUUGUCCGCACUGUCAAAUUCCUAUGCGCGCUUGCACGCGGCCCAACAGUCAUCUCGUCAACUUUCAUUGACCAGUCUUUAGACAAGGGCACCCUUCUCGAUGUUGAGGAUUUCAUUCUCAAAGACAAUGCAGCUGAGAAAAGGCACAACAUUAUCCUUGAGACAUCCGUCGCUCGUGCCAAGGCAAAUAGAGGCAAACUUCUUGUUGGUGUUCCCAUCUAUUGCACGGAAAAGAUCCGCAAUGGUGCGGAGAGCUACAAAGCGAUCGCCGAGGCCAAUGGGGCGAUCUUCAAGAUCUACCGGGCUCGGAGCGGGACGACAAUUCGGCCAACAAAGGCAGAGGAGGAGGGUAACGCGCCACCCGAGCCGGUCUACCUAUUAAGUAGCGGAAAACCCGACGAGAAGCCGCUUUGGGAGAAAUUCCGUGAUAUGGCGUACAACGGCAACAUGGAGCCUCGCAUUGUUGCACCUGACUGGUUGCUUGAUGUCGCAAUGGCUCAACAGGUGCGGUUUGAUGACAAGUUUUUGGCGGAGAAGUUUUACGGAAAUUCCCAGUAG